AUGCCGUUUGUCCAAUCGUUGAGGAAUUUGACAUCGUCCACUGAGUCUAAAAUAAAGUCCGCCACCAAUAAUGAACCUUUAGGUCCCUAUAACCAUGAAUUGACUGAAUUAGCAAGCCUUACAUUUAGUAAAAAACAUUUGUCUAUCAUAAUCUCUAUUAUCACCAAAAGGUUGAAACCAGUUUUAGAUAUAUGUCCUACAACUAUGAAUAGCACAGGGAUGAAGCGGUCAAAUACAUCCAAAUUAUCAUCCACCAUUCACAGAACCCACAGUUUUCCAAGAAGAUCCAAAACAUUGCCCAGUCCAGAUACACCUAGCGAUGUUAAUACACUUAAAUACAAACAAGUAUUAGAUGACAAAGUUUACCUUAGUCUUUUAAAAGCAUUGACAGUCAUACUAUACCUUUUACAAAAUGGUUCUGUGCAAUUUAUUGAUUGGUUAUUGAAGGAUUACAAACUGAUUAUUUCCCCCUUACUGCGCAUUUCGUAUCCUUCCACAUACAAGGAACCGAUACGGCAUAAAGUUAACAAAAUCAUAUCUUUAUUGGAAGCACCAGAAGAUUUGAACAACUACAGAAUCAAUAUUCAUAAAUUAAGAACAGAUAUGUUGGUUCCAGGAUUGAAAAGAACUAGUUUGGAUGGCGUGGAUUUAUUGCAAGUCGAGCAAGAACAUUCCACCCGAGAACAACAACAACAGCAAGCACCUCGACGUCCUGCAACACCACCACUUUUGCGACUCAGAUCGAUAAGCGAACAUCACAGCCAUACUGAAGAUGAAUAUAUUAACAGUAAUGACGUCUACAACAGUUCCAACACUGCUGCUGAUUUUUCUUUUACUAAUAAUAUGGAUGGUAUACUAAAACAACCAAGCCGGUAUCAGCCGAUCACGACAGGUUCAAGCCCUCCAAAUACUUCACCAACCAUCACUAACCCACACCAAUUGCCUCCUAUUUUUUAG